UGCAACAUAACUAAGCAAUAUACAAUACCAACAAUCUCUCACUAUCUCUCUAUUCUUCUCUGACUUCUUAUUUACUUCAAUGGCGAUUCCUGUGAUUGACUUCUCGAAGCUCAACGGAGAGGAGAGAGCCAAGACAAUGGCUCAGAUUGCUAAUGGCUGCAAAGAAUGGGGAUUCUUCCAGUUGGUGAACCAUGGGAUUUCAGAGGAGCUUCUCGAGAGGGUGAAGAUGGUGUGCUCUGAGUGCUAUAAGCUGGAAAGAGAAGAAGAUUUCAAGAACUCGACGCCAGUCAAGUUGUUGAAUGAUUUGGUGGAAAAGAAAAGUGGCGAGAAGUUGGAGAAUGUGGAUUGGGAGGAUGUCUUCCUUCUCAGUGACGACAACGAGUGGCCAUUGAAGACCCCAGGAUUCAAGGAAACCAUGGCAGAAUAUCGAACUGAAUUGAAGAAACUGGCAGAAGUGCUCAUGGAAAUAAUGGAUGAAAACUUGGGCUUACCAAAGGGAUACAUUAAGGCGGCUUUCAACGGCGGAGGAGGACAAAAUGCCUUCUUUGGCACCAAGGUGAGCCACUACCCACCUUGUCCUCAUCCGGAGAUGGUGAAUGGACUCCGAGCUCACACCGAUGCAGGUGGUGUUGUCCUGCUCUUCCAAGAUGACGAGGUGAAAGGCCUUCAGAUCCUCAAAGACGGGGAAUGGAUUGAUGUCCAACCGCUACCAAAUUCCAUUGUCAUCAAUACUGGUGACCAGAUUGAGGUCUUAAGCAAUGGGGAAUACAAGAGUGUUUGGCACCGGGUUCUGGCCAUGCCCGAUGGGAAUAGGAGAUCCAUUGCCUCGUUCUACAAUCCAUCACUCAAGUCCACCAUAGCUCCUGCCCCACAACUGGUCCAAGAAGUGAACAAAGAGGUGGAGCAGUCUUACCCCAAGUUUGUGUUCUGCGACUACAUGUCCGUUUAUGCAGAGCAGAAGUUUCUCCCGAAAGAGCCAAGAUUCCAAGCUGUGCGAGCCAUGUAAAAAAGGGACUAGCUCAGUGCACGAGGCUCCCGUCACGAUGUGGUCUGGGGAGGGUCAGAUGUUGUGUUGCUUUUUUCUUUCUAUGCAGUGGUGUGUGCUUAAUUUAUUGUAAUGGUCGAAUUUGUUUUAUAUAUCAUAUGAAUUGUACUUUUCAAUAUUAUUAGCUAUGUGUUCAUAGGAACUGCUUUCGAGUUU